AGCUGUAAAACCAGACAAACAGAUCCACGGAAGACUCCAGGAAAAUAAACGGUUCUCUCCUCUUCUCUUCCUCUCCCUCCAUUCACUCUGUCCCAAGCCUCCCCCCCCCCCUCAUAAAAGGUCUCUCAUGACCUCACAAUGAACUAACUUGUUGGUGGCGCUUCUUCCGACCUUCUAGUCGUAUCAUUAUCUAUCAACUAUCUAUAUUCCCCUCUCAGACCCUCUGCAGUGCAACGAACCACUUAUUGUUCUUGUCCAGGUUGCCAGCUCAAUCUGCAUGCACAUCCCUGGCUUUCUUGCAGGCAGCAGUCUCUUUUUUGGUGAAUAAAAUUCAUCGUUGUCCGCUUCCUUUUCUUCCUUCUCAAAAUUGGAGAGGUCGGUCUGUACUACUUAAGACCCUCCCCUCAAGCACCUAUCCACUUUACUUCUUCACUCAGCUCUCCCCUAAACAAUUCUCCAACCCACUCAUCCUUUCCAAAAUUCUUCUAAAACCCAUCGUUAUCUCUACAUUCUUAACAUUAGUGACAUUCAUCAAUCAUGUCGGCCCCUAGAGGUCCCUCCCGGGGUCGUGGUCGCGGCGGCGACCGAGGCAGAGGUGGUGGGGAUGCACCUGGUGGUCGCGGUGGUCGCGGUGGUGGUCGUGGCGGUGGCCGCGGCUCAACGACUGAACUGCCCUUCCGCCAAGGCAAUCCUAGAGGCGAUUUCAGAGGUGACUUCAGAGGCCGUGGUCGCGGUCAGUACUCUAGCUUUCGAGGCGGCCGCGGUGGUGGUGGUGGUGGUGGUCGCGGCAGAGGAGGCUUUGCCCAGGGUCCCGUCAUUUACUCUCCUGAAAAGCCUGUGUCUGUCAACCCUCAGGUUGAGAAAACUGAAAAUGCGGUGGCCGCCGCUCUGAAGACCAAGGAACGCAAAAUAACAAGCUACCCCGAUCGUCCGGGAUACGGCACGCGCGGCGACCCGGUCAUGCUCUAUGCCAAUUAUUUUGAACUUCAGUCGGUUGGCAAGGAGCUGUUCAGGUAUUCUGUCGAUAUUGCAGGUAACUCGCCUGGCAGAGCGCCAACCGGCAGGAAGGUUCGCCAGAUAAUCAGCCUGCUGAUUGAAGAGCGUUUCGGAUCGGUGAAAAACAGCAUCGUCACGGACUACAAGUCGACUCUAAUUUCAUACGUGAAUUUGGAUGUUGACUCCCCUCAAUACGAUGUCCGCUAUCGCAGUGAGCAUGAAGACGAGUAUCUGGAAAACCCAGAGGUUUACCACACUACGACCCAGCUCACGGGCACACUCAGCCCUUCCGACCUACUCGAAUACCUGACCUCCACGGACCCCGCUGCUGCUUUCGGUUCGAAGUACGAUACCUUGCAGGCUAUGAAUAUUGUCCUGGGACACCAUCCUAAGACCAAUCCGGCAAUCGCAUCGGUCUGUGCCAACAAGCACUAUGGAAUCGGCGAAGGGCUGCAAGAGAAGUAUGAUCUUGGUAACGGACUUGAGGCUCUGCGAGGGUUUUUCGUCAGUGUACGAACAGCCACCGCGCGUCUUCUCGUGAAUGUCCAGGUCAAGUACGUGGCUUGCUACCAGGAAGGCCAGCUUCACUUCGUGGUCAGUCAAUUUGGGACCCGUGACCUGCACAGUCUGGGGCGUUACCUCAAACGACUCAGGGUGCGGGUAACCCACAUCAAAAAGAAGAACAAAAAAGGCGAAAUAGUCCCCCGUUUCAAGACUGUUGGCAAUCUGGCAACGCCGGCUGACGGCAGAAACCUGCCCAUGCCACCAAAGGUAUCCAAGUAUGGCGCGGGCCCGAGAGACGUUAUGUUUUUCCUGGAUGCUCCUGGCCAGCAACCUUCACAGCUGAGCAGCUCUGCGACCCCCAAGGGCAAGGGUAAGAAGCCUGCAAAAGCAGGGCCUGCACCUGCCGGGAAAUACAUAACCGUGGCCGACUUCUUCAAGCAGCAUCACGACCUGAAAACCGAUUCCAACAUGCCAGUUGUAAACGUGGGCACGGUGGACAACCCCAGUUACUUGCCCGUCGAGGCAUGUGUGGUUGAGCCCGGUCAGCCUGCUAAUUCGAAAUUGACGCCCCAUCAAACACGGAGGAUGUUGGAAUUUGCGGUCCGCACUCCAGUAGACAAUGCAGAGUCGACAGCCAACCUCGGUAAUAGAGUGCUCGCUCUCUCGCCGCCAAACCCUACUUUGGGAGACUUUGGGAUUAAAGCGGACCUGAAUCUGAUUAAGGUUCCCGGUCGAAUUCUUCCGUGUCCUAACGUCUUGUACAGUGCACAGAAGCAGAUUACGCCCGCGAACGGUAGCUGGAACAUGAAGUCAAUCAAAUUUUCCACGCCCAGCAAAUUGACCUCCUGCUCAUACGUCUGGUUCGAUGCCCCGGGUCCCAGGUCAAGCUUUCAGGACUCAAAGGAGGUUGAGGCUCGUCUGAAAGGGAUUAUCGCCAAGAUUAACGAGAUGGGUGUCAACACAAAUAAUUUGAUUACUAUUCCUGGAAAGCGGGUGAUUCUCGAUCGCCAUCCUCAAACAAGUAAGCAGGAGAGGCAGGUGAAUCAGGCGAUUUCUGAACUUAUGGCCGGCUCUCCCAAGCCUCAGUUGAUCUUUACCGUCCUGCCGGACGCGGACGGCGACUUGUACAACAAGAUCAAGAAGGCCUGUGACGUCCUGUAUGGCGUUCGCAACGUCAACGUUCUCGCCGAGAAGCUCAGAGGUGCCAACGACCAGUACUACGCGAACGUCGGCCUCAAAGUCAAUCUCAAACUUGGUGGUUCCAACCAAGCUUUGAAACCAUCCGAGCUAGGCAUCAUCGGCCAAGGGAAGACGAUGCUCGUCGGAAUCGACGUAACCCAUCCAUCUCCUGGAUCUUCCAGCAGUGCCCCUAGUGUCGCAGGCAUGGUCGCUUCUGUUGAUUCCUCCCUCGGUCAAUGGCCCGCCGAGCUCUGCAUUCAGGCGUCCCGUGAAGAGAUGGUCAAAGACUUGGACACCAUGCUCAAAGCACAUCUCCGUCGCUGGGCCCGCAGCCACAAGAACAUCCUGCCUGAGAACCUAAUCGUCUACCGAGACGGCGUGUCUGAGGGUCAAUACGACAAAGUCGUCCAGGAGGAGCUGCCCCUUCUCCGGAAAGCCUGCAAAGAGACCUAUCCUGCCACCGACACCGCCAAGGGCCUUCCACGUAUUUCGAUCCUCAUCGUCGGAAAGCGGCACCAUACUCGAUUCUACCCCACUGACGCCGAUAAAGCCGAUCGUUCGAGCAACACCAAGAACGGCACCGUCGUCGACCGCGGUGUCACCGAGGCCCGUAACUGGGACUUCUUCCUGCAGGCGCACGCGGCCCUCAAGGGAACCGCGCGCCCCGCGCACUACUUCACGGUCUGGGAUGAGAUCUUCUUCCGUGAGAAGCCGAAGCCACCCUACCAGAAUGCCGCGGACGUGCUCGAAGCCCUGACCCACCACAUGUGCUACCUCUUCGGCCGCGCAACCAAGGCAGUCAGCAUCUGCCCGCCGGCGUACUACGCCGAUCUGGUCUGUACCCGGGCCCGGUGCUACCUCAGUCAUGUCUUCGAGCAAACCCCCACCGGAAGCAGGGUCACCGGCAGCGGACAGACCUCGCAGGUCCGGGCCUCCGAUGUGACGAUGCACCCCAAUGUGAAAGAUACCAUGUUUUACAUUUAAAGUGGGGUAAAGUGAGCUUCUAUCUAUCUGUGGAAGUAUGUGUAUGCACUGAUGAGACCGUGUCUGUCUUUGUACGCAUUCUUACGUUACUGUCCCAUGAUCUAUUGUUCCACUUGGGUCGUUGUCAUAUCUUUGCUUCCCUCUCUUGCUAUCUUUCUUCCACUCUCACAUUCUUACCUACGCCCUUGCAUAUCCCGUCUCAUAUCAUCCCAUCUCUUAUCAUUUCCCACCUCCCAUCCUUAUACCCAUCAUCAUUCGCCAUAUCAAUUAUCAAUCAUCAAUACUCCAAUUGGAAACACAACCCCGAUUGAUACUCUAUUGGCUAGUUUGGAUGCUUUGGAGAUAUGAUGUACAGUGUAUAUCAUGACAUGUGGAUGGGGGAGCAUAGUCUGGUCUACCUACCUCGGUACGCGCCAGCUCUGUAUGUAUGCAGAUGAUGUAUGCAUGCAUGUACGCUCUAGGCUUUCUGGACAUGGAUAUCUGUCUGUUUCGAUUGAUUUUGGUUUAUUGUGAAGUUUUCUGAACCUAUAGAUUAGCAUGCCUCUUGUCUUUAUUUCAUCGUCAUUGGUAAUUUUCUUACAAUGCUGGGUAUUGUUUUCUGGUUUAUUUGAUAAUCGAAUAUCAAAUAUCGAAUUCUCUACCU